UGUCUAUGGGUUUAUUGUUAGUCUGUCUCUUUGUAACAUAUAAAUUUUGAUUUUUCUGUUUUUGUAAAUAGUUGAUAAAUAGUGUAAUUUAAAUAUCGUUUUUUAUCUUUAAAAUAUUAUAAAAGUGUUAUUUGCGAAGUCAAGAAUUAUUUAUAGCAGUUUAAAUAACGAAUCCUGAUCAUACAUACAUUGAUUUUUUACUACAUAUUUUAAGUGCUCAAAAUUGAUAUCGUUUUAAUAUUGUAACAGUUUUCAUUAUCAAGUAAAAACCCUUCAAAAUGCCUUUAUCAAAGCGUAGAAGAUUAUUUACACCAAAAAAACAUAAAAGCAAAGUUAAUAGUAGAGAUCAAGAUGAAUCUCAAGAAAAUGAAGUAACGACGGCUCGUGGGCGGCUGAAAGGCGCUUUGAGGGAGAUGUUAGAACCUACAGCUGAAGAUUCGGAUGCCUCGUCGGAUUAUACACCGACUAAACGAGAAAGAAACAUAAGCAAUCCUGAGCAAAAAGAUGAAUCAACAGAUGAUGAAGAGUCAUCAAUCAAAAGGAAGUCUCCGCAGAGACAGUCGUAUGUCCUGAAACUGUUUGAUAGAAGUGUAGACUUGUCACAGUUCAGUGAGGACUCUCCACUUUACCCUAUCUGCAGGGCCUGGAUAGCUAAUCAGCCGAAGGCCAAUUAUAAAGAUUUUGGUAAAAAAUCACCAGAACCACAACAUACGGAAGAUAGUAUAGAGCUACCAGGGCCAGAUGGUCCACCAACAUCUCGAAUACCAGACUUAAUACCGGAGCAGAAAGCAUGCAGCAAGGACAACAUUAACUUAAAUUAUCGUGAAGCUCCUCCGCCCAGCAAGGAACAGUUGCUCCAUGAACAUAUGUCUCGCUGGGCGGGAGUGAGAGGUGCGUGGCUCGACCGUGCUGCACUUGUGGAAGCACGAUACAGCUCAACACAAGCCAUACUCAACAAAAUUAAUGUCAAGUGA